UAAUUUCUGAUCCGAUUUUGAGCCCCAUAAUCACAUGGAAAUGGUGAUUGCCUACAUGCGUCGAAUCGAAAGGAAUAUGUAUAUAAAGGCCUACUCGGAAAAUCUGUACUUUGAAUUGUGUUCGGAAAAGAUUACGGAAUUACAGGGUAUGGGUAAAACUCGAAAGAGAAUGCUUCUUCAGCUGAUCGAAUCUUACGAGUGUUCAACACUGCAGCCUGAACUAGAUCGCGGUGCUUUUCCACAGGAUGUGGUCAGGAUAAGUGUGACCCCUGAAGUUUCCGUGGUGUCCGCCGAAAGACAUUUUCCCAUAGAAAAUCUUAAAGAUACCGAAGAUGUAGAAGAGAGACGAUCUCACUAUUCUGGAUGUACCGCCUAAACCUUUGCCUGAAGUUAUAACAUUAUCAGACUCUGAUGACGACUAAUCGUCAUUUGAAGUCCAUCCUACUAUUUUAAGCCGCGUAUCAUUCGUUUUGGUAUUUUUGUUCUUUUAUGAUGUGAUAUUUAUUUGAAGUCCGCUAAAAAUUUUUAAUUACCCAAAAUGUCUAUGACUUUGAAAUAGCUAAGAAAAAAUACCCAGGUUAGCCGUUAGCGUGGAUGUUACGAUUAGAAAUUAAGUUGCCAAAAAUGUAUAUUUAUAUUUUUCUUUUGUUGGAUGUCAACUAUAUGUAAUAAUAUUUUUUCCUGUAGAACAGAAAAAUGAGUUGUGAAUUGUAAUUUAAUUAAAAUGAAAACAAAAACAAGUAAACAACAAAAUUUUCCUUUUUAAAA